AUGGCGUUGAAACGUAUUAACAAAGAAUUACUUGAGCUUGAAAAAGAUCCACCAGCAAAUUGUAGUGCUGGCCCAGCAACAAUAAUGGGACCGGGUGAUAGUCCAUUUCAAGGCGGUGUAUUCUUUCUUGCAAUUCAUUUUCCGGCCGAUUAUCCAUUCAAACCUCCAAAAAUCACAUUUACAACAAAAAUUUUUCAUCCAAAUAUAAAUUCAAAUGGAGCUAUUUGUCUUGAUAUACUACGCUCACAAUGGUCACCAGCAUUAACUAUUUCGAAAGUAUUACUCUCAAUUUGUUCAUUACUUUGUGAUCCAAAUCCUGAUGAUCCAUUAGUGCCCGAUAUCGCACGUACAUACAAAACUGACAAGGAGAAAUAUAAUGCAACGGCGCGACAAUGGACUCAAAAAUAUGCCAUGUAG